AUGAAAUUCAAAGAUUAUCUUUCUGUCAUAUUUGCAUUUCUUUUCAUCGUCUCCUCUGUCGUGGCUGAUAUCGCAUCUCAAGAUGAGAAAAAGAUGGAUGUAGUUGAAGAAGCAAAACAGCAAUUAGCUGAUCAGAAGAUUGGCCAUAAUUAUGGGGGCGGAUGGGGUGGUGGACAUGGAGGUAGUUGGGGCGGUUAUGGAGGCGGUGGUGGUGGGGGUUUUGGACACGGAGGCAGCUGGGGAGGCAGUGGCGGUGGUGGACCAGGAGGGGGUGGAGGCAGUGCUGGUGGUGGCCAAGCAGGUGGUGGAGGCAGUGGCGGUGGCGGCCAAGCAGGCGGUGGAGGCAGUGGCGGCGGUGGAAAAGGUGGGGGUGGAGGCAGUGGCGGCGGUGGUGGUGGUGGACCAGCAGGCGGUGGAGGUGGAGGCAGUGGCGGUGGUGGUUGCCACUGGGGAUGCUGUGGUUAUCAUCCCUGGACAGGGUGUUCCUGCUGCCACAGUGCUGAAGAAGCAAUGGCCUACAGGCAGAAUAAAAGUCCCUAGCUUGAGUAGUCUAAAACUACAGCAUAUUAUGUAUGUGAAUAAUGUGGAGUAUUGACGUCGAUCAAUAUCAAUAAAUAUCAGUGUUUCUAAUUUAUAUUAAGCAAA